AUGGCUCCUCUAUAUGCAGACGCCAACAUUACCCAGCUCCAGCGCGAUGCAGAUGAUUGUUUGCUUACAUACGGAACCGCAUUUCAUCCCGAAAUCAUCACCUCGACCGAUGGCAUCAACGUGGUCACUGCCUCAGGUCACCGAAUGAUGGAUUUUACCUCAGGACAAAUGUCUACUCUAAUCGGACAUGGCCACCCUGAGGUCGUGAAAGUGAUUGCAGAGCAUGCACAGCAUCUCGAUCAUCUCUUCAGUGGGAUGCUGAGCCCUCCCGUAAUAAAUCUUGCAAAGCGUCUGACUGGUGUCGCGCCUGCUGGACUUGACAAAGCAUUCUUCCUAAGUACAGGUGGAGAAAGUAACGAGGCCGCUAUUCGAUUAGCCAAAUUCUAUACUGGUAAAUGGGAGAUUGUUGGCCUGGCUGCCUCGUGGCAUGGUAUGACGGGUGCAUCGCUUGGUGCUCAAUACCAUGCUGGGCGUUCUGGUUACGGCCCCAAUAUGAUCGGAAAUCUAGCAUUGCCCACCCCCAACUCCUAUCGUUCGAUCUUCAGACACCCAGAUGGUACGUAUGACUGGAAGACAGAACUGGACUAUGGCUUCGAUCUUCUGGACAAACAGUCAUGCGGCUCGCUUGCAGCAGUCAUCAUUGAACCCAUACUGUCAAGUGGCGGUAUGCUAGAGCUUCCACCUGGGUACUUGAAGGCAUUGAAAAUGCACUGUGAAGCACGAGGCAUGCUUCUCAUCGUCGAUGAGGCACAGACUGCACUCGGAAGAGCUGGUGACAUGUUCGCGUUCACGCACUAUCCCGAAGACGAGGGCACCGUACCGGAUAUCCUGACACUCAGCAAGACGCUUGGAAAUGGAAUACCACUCAGCGCCAUCAUGACAUCGAAUCGCAUCGCUCAGCAUGCCAAAGACAACGGUUUCCUGUUUUACACUACGCACAUCAACGAUCCUCUUCCAGCUGCUGUUGGCGAUAAGGUUCUUGAGGUUGUCAUCAGAGACGAUCUCUGUGCUCGUUCCAAGAGACUCGGUGUCAAGCUUCAAGCUGGACUAAGGCAGUUACAGUCACGAUACGGUUGUAUCGGUGACGUACGUGGCCGAGGCCUCAUGGCCGGCAUGGAAGUGGUUAGCGACAGGAAAACGAAGGUUGGCGCCCCGGAAGUCGGAGCUGCAGUGUCAAAAAAGAUGGUAGACAUGGGUCUUUGGGCCCAACUAGCGACAAUGCCAUCUUUUGGUGGGGUGUUCCGGAUUGCACCUCCCAUCACUGUCACGGAGGAGCAGCUCGACCUCGCUCUAUCGAUCAUCGAAGAAGCUUUGAGGACAACUCCGGGUACAAUGCCGUUAUACACUGAUGUCGAUUCUGGACGUUCGUUGGAUUGA